CAAUAACAGCAGCUGAAGGUGAGAUGCAUUCUGAGCUAACAUGCCUUGCUCAGCACGCCCUAAUUACAUUUGUACCGCAUUCAUUACGUAUUGUACCCCUUGGUGGGCGUAGUCUCCUCAGCUCUACCACAUCACAGUGCAGGCGUUGCCUUGUGGCCAAGGCUCUUUUCCAUGCAGCCGAGGUGAAGUCUAUAUUUUUGGCGAAGAAUGUCUACUAUGGAACGCGUUAGACUGUACCCUUGAGUAGUACUCGCACUCUAGUAGAAUUACGAGGCUCCUCCUAGAGUUUAGCUGCUCGGCGGGCGCUUUCAACUCACGCGACGCGCUGAAACGACUCAGUUAGUACGUCACAGCAACUCUGUGUCGCGACUACUAUCAUAAGGAAUACUCUGUGUCAGUGUAGAAGAUCUUAUAGGAAAAUAUGAUAUAAGGAAAGGGGGUCACAUACUGUUAUUCUUUUCCGCAUUAAAGUACCAGCUUCCAUGAAUCCCAUCCGAAGCCACUACUAGACUACUAUCAUUCCACCACGUCCAUGCCGUCGGCGCGAAUCCCGGAGUUCCACGGCGCGGCGCCGUGGGCGGCAGCCGUCCUCGUCGCCGCGCUUCCCCCACGGCGCGCGCGCGACGUGCGAGUCCCAGCCGGUGUCCUCCUCGCCGCCGUGCUCCUCGCACUCCAUCACACACCGCCAACGAACGGCGGCGUCCGCCGCGGGGGCGGGGUGUUGGUGGCGAAAGCGGAGGCGAGAAUACACGAGGCUGAUGUGAAGUGGCUCACAGAGGUGAUGCGUGCAUGGGGCAAGCAGUUUUCGGGGUGGCAGCCAGAGGGGGGCUGUGAGAGCGCAUGGGGGCUGACAUGCAAGGACGUGUCGGGGCGCAUCGAUUCCAUGAAGCUUCCAUCGCAGCAUCUGAGUGGAGGCAUCCCAUCCGCCAUGAGUCACUUCACUUACCUCACACGCCUGGACUUGAGCUCGAACCAACCAACUCUCAGGCCCCGUCCCUUACUUCCUUGGGACCUUAGUCAGCCUGCAAUACCUGGACCUGAGCAGAAACGCGUUCACAGGAGCCAUUCCCAGCAGCUUCAGCAGCCUCGUGAACCUCAGAUCGCUCUCUCUGCGGGGCAACAAUCUCGCGGGACCCAUUCCACCUUUCAUCGCCCAAGCCAACGGCCUUUCACUCCUGGAUUUGAGCAGCAACCGUUUCACAGGGCCGAUACCUCCUCAGCUCUCCGCCCUCACUGGCCUCACCUCCUUAGACCUGGCCACUAACGAGGGGCUCACCAGCAGCAUACCAGAGCAACUGGGCAACCUCACAUCCCUUGUUUCGCUCAAGCUCGGGUCAACUCAGCUCAAUGGCUCUCUGCCUCUCAGCCUCAGCCGUCUCACUCAACUCACCAUGCUGGACAUCAGCAACACGGAAAUCGGUGGCUCCGUGCCGGCUUUCCUCGGCACCCUCUCUGACCUGCUCACAUUCGUGAGGAGCAGCAGGAUGACAUGCAGCAGCAGCAGCAGCAGCAGCAGUGUGUGCGCUCUCCUCAACGCCUCAACCGUCUCACCCAACUCAGCCUUCUGCCGGGAAUGCUCCGACCUCUGCUCCACCUGCCUGCCAGCCCCUCCCCCGCCCACCACCCCCUCGCAACCUCCCGGCAGCACGUCCUCCUCUCCGUCCGUAGGGGUCAUAGUGGGUGUGACGGUGGGAGUGGUUGCGGCUCUGCUGCUGCUUGGGUUGGUGCUGUGGUGGUGGUGGAGGAAGAGGCAGCAGAAAGAGCAUUCAGGCCCAUCGCCCUUCACGGUGGCAGUGGGGGAGGGCGAGGAGCCCCUGGAGUGCCAGCAGUACUCGAUAGAGGAUGUGCGGCGGGCCACGGCGGACUGGGGGGAGAGGAACCGUGUGGGCACGGGGGGCUUUGGGGACGUGUUCAAGGGGGCGUCGCCGUACGACACGAGCGUCUUCUGGGCUGUCAAGCGAGCAAGGGUUCUCACAAACGACUUCCUGCAGGAGGUGGAGCACAUGGCGAGCAAGAACCACCCCUGCCUGGUGCGCCUGUUAGGCUUCUGCCACGACUACAACCCGCGCACGCAGCGGAUGGAGCAGAUCGUGAUCUACGAGUUCAUGGACAAUGGGGACCUCUCACAGUGGACCCGACCAGGCGGCAAGCACCUGACGGCAACCCAGCUGCUGGAAACGCUGCUGUCCGUGGCGCAGGGCCUGGCGUACCUGCAUGGCUUUGGCAUCGUGCAUCGCGACAUCAAGCCGGGGAACAUUCUGCUGGAUAAGAGCAUGCAGGCCAAGCUGUCGGACUUUGGUCUGCUGAGGAUGAGUGAGAGCAGCACACUCAAGUCAACUCGAGUCAUGGGAACACCGGGCUAUGUCGACCCCACCUACGCCCAAACACGCAAGGCCACCACAGCAUCUGAUGUGUACAGCUUUGGUAUUCUCAUUCUGGAGCUCAUCACGUGCAAGAAGGCCGUUCUUUCUGUCAACAACCAACCGAUUCACCUCCGCGACUGGGUAUCCCAGCAGCUGCACAGCAGUGCGAGUCUGGAGGACUCUUCCACCGAAGCUCCACUCGAGGCACCACAUGAGCUGCAGGCAAGCACCGACUCCCUAGAGGUGAUCGACCCGCGCCUCGCCAUGCCUCAGCCCAUUGCCGUGCGACUCCUCCACCUCGCCCUCUCCUGCACCGCCAUGUCGCUGGCCUCCCGCCCCUCCAUGAUGAAGCUUGUCUUGGAGCUGGAGACUCUCAGGAAUGAAUGCUUGGCCGCGCAGCCUUCUCUUGUCUAGGAGUGAGUAACAAACGUGUGACUUCUUCACCUCGCGCUCUCCUGCACCGCCCGCAAGUCUCCACCCGGUUGCCCCUCACUGGCGAAGCUGGUGCUGGAGCUGGAGACUCUUAGGAAUGAACGCUUGCUUGGCCAACUCCACCUGCAGUUAUAUUACGCACAAACAAUUGACGCAUUGAUUCCUCCUGGUCGUUCGUCUGCAAUUUCUCUGGCACACUGGUUAGGUGACCCUGAGAAUCUUGAGGCACAAAUGCAGGGAGAUCCGCAUCAAGAUUGUACUACUGAAAGCUUUAAGACUUAUGUUUGCUUGUUUGUUUGUUUUUGUUUUUGUUUGUUUGUUUUUUUUCUUUUUUUUUUCUUCAGAAACUGUGUAACUGUGCAGCACUUCGCUGGAUCAAAGUUUGGUGGCGAAGUAGAGACGAAUUUUGCGCGCUCAUUUGUUUUGCGACAACAACUUGCGUCAUUCACGGGCAACCCCAUAACAAAGGCACGUCAGUCAA